AACCCAGUCGUUCCGGCCGCAUCAUCAUCAUCACCACCAUCAUCAUCCGUCAGCCACAAGUCAAGCAUUUCUCCUUUUACGCCCUUUGGGGUAUCUAGGUUGACCGCCAUGAUGCGAGAAUUGCAAUUAUCGAUUUUACUUAUCCUGGGUUUGCUGAAUGCUGCCCAGGCUCAUGAGCAUCACACUGAUGAGAUCCCCGAGGGCCAGGCUGUAUCGGCUGAACCGUUGGACACAAUUUUAUGGAUUCAUAUCGCGAUUCAGAUGCUCGCUUUUGGCAUUAUUUUCCCGACCGGCAUGGUCUUGGGGAUUGUCCGCUCACGAUGGCAUGUGCCGCUCCAGACAGUCGGAGCUAUUCUCUCGAUUUUGGGAUAUUUCCUCGGACAUGCUCAUAAAGGUCGUCAAUUUGCCAAAAAUGUUCACAGCGCCUUUGCGUCAAGCCUCAUGCUUUUGCUUUUGGUCCAGGUUGUCCUCGGUGUCUACCUCAAACUUCAUCUUGAGAAGGGCAUACAUGGCCGCGUAAGAAAAUACAUUGUCCUUGGACACGGUGUUGCCGGAAAGCUGCUCCCGAUUGUGAGCUGGGUUCAGAUGCUCUUCGGAGGAAUUACAGCGCUUGGGUUUUGCCGAGGCGAUCAUCUAGGUCAAUGCCUUGCCCAUUUCAUCAUGGGAAGUGCCUUCAUUGCUUAUGGUAUCAUCCUGACGAUACUAUUGCUUGUAGGCCAGGCGUGGCUGAAGCGGACCGGCCGGAGCCAAGAGUUCUUUGAUUCAGCAAUCAUCACGGCUUGGGGAUUCGUCAACACAUUCACCGAGCAUCGCUGGGGUGGACCAUGGGUGAAGAAUGAUCUGCAACACACAUCAAUGGGCAUCAUCUGGUGGUCGGCCGGUAUGGUCGGAAUGUGGCUUAGCCGAAAGAGGGACGGCAGUGCGAAGCGCAAUCUUAUUCCAGGAAUUGUCAUCUUUUUGACUGGUUGGGCCAUGUCUGGUCAUCCGCAAGAGCUGCAUCUUUCGACAAUGAUCCACGCAGUAUUCGGCUACACUCUCAUGGGCGCAGGUGCGGCAAGGUGUGUGGAAAUCGCGUUUGUGCUGAAGGAUAAGAAUACCUUGUCCGAGGAUGGAAGCGAUGCCAAUAGUUUCCAGUAUUUGCCGCCAUUCCUCCUCUAUGCAUCAGGCCUGCUUUUCAUGAGCGCGACUGAAGAACAAAUGCAGCUGCUCACACAGGCUGAUGUUUCUCAUGUAUCAUACGUGCUCAUCAUCUACAGCAUAGCUUUCUUGAUGUUCUUAUUCGUUCUGGUGCUUUUGCAUAUCUACACCAUGUACGCUUGGUCCAAACCUCAAAAGAACAUCAACGCCGCGCCAACGGCCAACGGUGCUCCGAACGGCCAUGCGCGCGUCACGUCUGACAUGACGCAUGUGAGAGACGCUGAAGAGUUUGAGUUGGAAGGCCUCAUGUCCGACGAGGACGAGCGCCCUGCUCCUACCAGCACCACAAGCGCAAUACCAUCUACAAAUGAGACUGCCAGACGAUAAAACACCACCUUUUUGUUGAAAAGUACCUUAUUUAGCAUUGCAUUUCCGUUCGUGUAAACAGUCGCACAUUUUUAAUUGAGCGAGGCUCAACCAUUGGGUUCUAUCUUUGCACCUUACAUAUUUUAUAAAUUUGGAUCAUCAACGGCUUACCACCUGCUCGAGGUUCUCCUUUAUGAAUUUAUAGAUUCUAUAUACCAUGUAUAAAUGAUGAAAGCAGCCUUAUUCUAAAAAGAAAAUAAAAUGCGG